AAUUGCUCAUGGUAAGUCGAGAAACUUAGUUUUUUUUUUUGAAACACUAGAAACUUAUUUAUGUCUUUCAAAACUAAAAUGCUAUUUGAAAUCUUCAGAGUUAGAAAGGCGCUUCUGGGAUGUCAAAGUUUAGUGCUUAUAAAUUAUAACCAAAAGAAAACAGUCACCACCAUAUGCCAUGGCUUUUUGUCCCAUGAUGUAUAAGCAUUUUCCGUUUCUUUCAUGCAAAUUCAUAUAGUCAAAGCUUUUUGUUAUGUUUAUUAAAAUAACCAAACCAAACCUUUUUAAAAAAUUUAUUACAUAGCUGAUCGUAUAUGUCAAGCAAACAAACAUGAAAACAAAAUCUCUAAGUUUUUAGUUUUAAUUUUCUUUAGUCUCUUCUUAAUGAAGUUUAACGUUACUAUAAAACUCAAAGAUCAAUUAAGAAUAAUUCAAUUUUUAUUAGCUUAAGAAAAUAUCUCAAAACUUAAGCUCUCACAAAUAUCUCUCUAAACUAUCAAGUUAUGUCGCAAGUUGACAUCCCCUUAUAUAAAUCUUAAUAUUUCCUAAUCUCAUUAGUAAAACCAUCGUUAUCUAAAACAAAACUUAAAUAGGAUAAUGAUAACUUUUUUUUUUGAUAAGGGAUAAUGAUAACUUGAUCUCUAAGUUAUCUUUCAAGUUUAUCUCCAACAGUUAGUAUUAUAUUUUGUUUAUUAAAAGCUUUCAUAUAUAUAUAUAUCAGCACCGUACUAGAGAUAUUAUCCUUUUUAUUUGCAACAAAUAUUAAUAUCGUUCCAAAACGAAAUCGAAGCUAGCUAGCUAUAGAUAGGGUUUACAAGCAAUCGUCUCCAGCCGGCAUGAAAUCACGUCGGAGAAACGUCCCUGAGGGCCAUAAUACAAUCGUAGAUCAAUGCCAGUCACGAACAUGCACCGAAGAAUACUCAGAGACAAUCCCACAUGAUCUCAUAAUCGAGAUAGUUUCGAGAUUACCGACGAAAUCGGUGGCGAGAUGUCGUUGCGUAUCCAAGCUCUGGUCAUCCUUACUCGUCCAUCCAUAUUUCACGGAAACCUACUUGACAAGAUCAUCGGCUAGCCCGAAGAUCUUAUUCGCCUGCGUAAAAGACGGCAAGGUAUCCUUCUACACCUCACCUCAGCCUGAUGAUGACAAGGCGUCGUCUCCUAUAACAGCCACUUAUCAUAUGAACUUCACCUUUGACCAUGUUAUUGAUAUAUACAGUCCUAUGAGUGGUUUGGUCUGUAUCAGAGAUGGUCGGAUCUUAAAAGGUAGGAAAACUGCAGCCAUGGUGUGGGAGAUAUGCAACCCUAGCACCGGACAAUCCGUUAUUUUACCCAAAAUGAAGUCAAGGAAGUGGACUGGUGCGACAAGCUUUUUCGGUUAUGAUCCCACUGAAAAUCAGUUCAAAGUAUUGUCAAUGUUCACUGACAAUGACUUCUCUAGCGAGCAUCAAGUUCUAACACUAUCAACAACUGGGAAACUGUCAGUGAGAAUUGUCGAAUGUGGCAUACCCCACUGUCCUCUAUCUGAUGGUAUAUGCAUCAAUGGUGUUCUGUACUACAAAUCUUCCACCGAAAAACGGGUCCGUGGAAUAAUGUGCUUUGAUGUCAGGUCCGAGACGUUCAGAUUUGUUAAAGUCAUGGAACCUUUCAUCGGAGCAGUGCAUCCUCAAACAACUCUGGUAAACUACAAGGGUAAACUGGCUUCAGUUAUGUCGGGAUGGUCGUAUAACUUUAUUGGUGAAACAUGUACAAGUUUUGUCAUGUAUGUUGUACAAGACCUGGAAAAACAGGAAUGGUCCAAGCAUAAUUACAAAUUUGCUCCUGGGCUGAUUGAUGGAUUCUUUGCUGGAGUGACUGUUGCAGGUGAGUUAGUGUUGUCGCCAAAGUUCCCAUCAACUCCUUUUUAUGUUUUUUACUGCAGUCUUGAGAGGAAAUCUAUAAGAAGAGUUGAGAUCCAAGGAAUGGGAGGGUUCAAACAAGUUUAUACAUUUGUAAACCAUGUGGAGGAUGUGAAACUUAUGCGAACGGUUUAGGACAAGUCUGGCUAUUCU